ACACAAAUAUUUCUAACUCGCAACAUUCCGUACUUCAGACUUCACGUGACGCAUCUCCACUUGUAUCCAAGAUAACGGCAAUCAUGGUCAGCCAGGACACCGUUAUGAGCAAUGCGCCGCUCACACCACGCGACGAGCCCGAACUCACCUCACCCAUGGUCGAGUUCUCCCCGGCCACAGUUCCCUACGACGAGACGUUUGAGAACAAUCUCAUGGAACUCUUGCUCAACCCACCGCCCCAGCAGCCCUCUCCCCGAAAACAAACCCACGACAUUCCCACCAUCUCUGCAUCGCAAUUGCCUAUCCCACUCUCGUCCAACCUACGCACGCACCCCUCCGCCAUACCCGGCUUAUACCUCACACACGUAAACGGCUACUAUACGGGCGGCCCUGGUCCUGCUCCACAAAGAGUACAGGAAUACGCGAAUCGCUUUAUAGAAGAGCAUGGCAUUGAAGAUGCGGGGCAGCUAGAGAGAGUAGUUGAAGACAAGAUACGGAUUAAGCUGGAGGAGGCCAGGGAGCGCAUGGAGAAGAGGAAGGAGUUGGCGGAGAGCAAUCGGCGGAUUGAGAGGGAAUUGGAGAAUUUGAGGUUGCAGCGGAGUGCCGAGUUGAGGGUGAUGGAGAGGGUCAAGGGCAAGAGGACGUGAGGGGGUGCAAGAUGAUGCAAGGCCGCGAGAUUUGAGCAUGUGGAAUAUGAUACCCGGCAUUAAAUAUGUCACGAUAACGGGGGCGUAACGUCGCCUUGUGGAGGCUGGAUGGCUGAAUGCUGAUGCAACGUUAAAUAUAUGACAAAAACUUAAAAUUAUCAAAAUAGAACAAUACUUUCUUCGAGCACGUCUCAGUGUCGCAAACUGUACCGUGAGCAUAGACAGGCGCACUCCUGCGAUACAUUCUCGGUGAACCCUUCCCGGAUCUCAACUCCAAGGCUGUCCUGAGCGCAAACAAUAUACAUAUCAUCACCGAGCGUCGAGCCAAGCAACAUACCAUAGAAUCCAUAAUCACCACACCAUCAACGUACUCGCGCAACUCU